AUGAAGGAUAUGGGAGUAAGGAUAGUUGACGAAAUAAAAGAACCAAAGAAAAACUUCUUCGCCUAUGGAUCUGAAACGCCUUUGCGACUGCUGGGAUCUUUCCGCUCUGACAUUCAAUUAGCCGGGAGAAAAGAAAACGCAAUUUUCUAUGUGGUAGAUAAAGGUACACAAAAUUUACUGGGGAGAAGAACAGCAACUAGCUUGGGGGUUUUGAGGAUUGGGUUAGAAAUAAAUCAAAUUCAACUUAAGCCUUUCCCUAAACUAAAAAAUGUUAUAAUACAAAUACCCAUCGAUGAUAAGAUAAAACCUAUUGCACAGCCUUACCGUAGAAUUCCAAUACCUCUAGAAGCCAAAGUUGAGGAAAAAAUUACGGAAUUACUGGAGAAAGACAUAAUAGAAGAAGUCCAGGGCCCCCCAAGCUGGAUAUCUCCUAUAGUACCCAUAAUCAAAGAAAACGGCGACAUUCGGCUGUGCGUUGACAUGAGACGUGCAAAUAAAGCGAUUAAAAGGGAAAAUCAUCCAUUACCGACUAUGGACCAGCUACUGCCGAAGUUUAGGAAUGCUACAGUGUUCAGUAAAUUAGAUAUCAAGGAUGCAUUCCAUCAACUAGAAAUCCAUCCAGACUCACGGGAUAUAACGACAUUUAUAUCUGGAAAAGGCGUAUAUAGAUACAAAAGAUUAAUGUUCGGCAUUACAUGCGCUCCUGAAAUAUUUCAAAAAACUCUUGAACGCAUAUUAAUUGGAUGUGAGGGAGUUGUCAACUUUAUUGACGACAUAUUAGUUUUUGGCGAAGAUCAAAAGGAACAUGAUGUCAGACUUGAGAAUGUGCUGAAGGUACUUAAAGAGCAUGAUAUCGUGCUGAAAGAAGAAAAAUGUAUUUACAACGUUAACAAAAUCCAAUUUUUAGGACACGAACUAAGUAAUGAAGGAAUUCGACCACUAGAUAAAUAUGUAUCGGCUAUUAUGGACUUCAGAGCACCCCGAACUAUCUCGGAAUUGCAAAGUUUUUUAGGACUCGUCAACUAUGUAGGGAAGUGGAUACCAAAUAUGGCCACAAUUACUGAACCUCUGAAGGAAUUAUUAAGACACAAGACAGGGAGAAAUGCAGACAUCAAAGAGCUCUGGAAGGAAAAUCAAGAAACAGCGUUUAACAAAUUGAAAACGGCUUUGACUAAAAUACCUAAUUUAGGAUACUAUAAUGUUAAAAAUAAAACAAUGGUAUUCGCAGAUGCUAGUCCUGUGGGCCUCGGCGCGAUCUUGGUUCAAACAAAUGAAGCUGGUCCACGCAUAAUAGCUUACGGCAACAGAACCUUAACAGAGUGCGAGAGGCGUUAUUGCCAAACAGAAAAAGAAGCUCUAGCUUUGGUAUGGGCUGUGGAGCACUUUCAUAUGUUUCUUUUUGGAAAGAGAUUUGAACUCAUAACCGAUCAUAAACCUUUAGAGGUAAUAUUCGGACCGAAAGCUAAACCAUGUGCUCGUAUCGAACGAUGGAUAUUACGUCUACAGUCAUAUGACUUUCAAGUUAUAUAUCAUCCUGGAAAAACCAACAUUGCCGACUCACUUUCCAGACUAUGUAAGAACCUCGACGAACGGAACAGCAACAAUAAAGGAAAAGAUUUUGUACAAAACAUAGUAGAACAGAUGAGACCAGUGGCAAUAUCGCUACAAGAAAUAGAGACCAGUUCUAAAGAGGACUCGGAUAUACAAAAAGUAAAGAUAGGCCUGUAUGACUCCAAAUGGGACGAGCAAAUAAAGAGUUACAAAAUUUUAGAAAACGAGUUGUGUUUUUGUGGCGAUAUCCUUUUAAGGACUAAUAAAAUUGUGAUACCUAAAACACUGCAGGAAAAGGUUCUAGAAGCUGCCCACGAAGGCCACCCUGGAAUCGUGGGCAUGAAAGCUAGGCUUAGAGCUAAAGUAUGGUGGCCCAGGUACGACAAGGACGUUGAGAGACUGGUUAAGUCGUGUAAAGGAUGCACCCUUGUUUCAGCGCCAAAUCCCCCCAAUCCGAUCAAGAGAAGGGAAUUGCCAACACGCCCCUGGAUUGAUAUUGCAAUUGAUCUCUUAGGUCCUUUGCCGUCCGGGGAUUACCUUCUAGUAGUAAUCGACUACUAUUCACGGUAUAAAGAAAUAAAGGCUUGCCGCGAUAUAUCAAGCAAGGCUAUGAUAGCCAUAUUGAAGGAAAUGUUUAGUCGACUAGGAUGUCCAAUCACGAUUACAGCAGACAACGGUAAACAGUUCGUUAGUCAGGAGUUCAGAGAUUUUUGCCAAAAUAAUGACAUACAUUUGUUCAACACUAUCCCUUAUUGGCCCCAACAAAAUGGAGAGGUGGAACGCCAGAACAGAGACAUUAUUAAACGUUUAAAGAUAAGUCAAAUUGAGAAAAAGAACUGGAAAGAUUCACUCUUGGAAUAUCUGACUAUGUAUAAUAGUACUCCCCAUACGACAACGGGAAAGACGCCAGCGGAAUUAUUUUUCCAACGGAAAUUUAGAGACAAGCUACCGAUGAUAGAUACGUUUGAAUAUAUUCAUAAAGACCAAGAUAUGGACGUCAGAGACAGGGAUAGAGAACAAAAAGAAAAAGGGAAAGAGUACGCAAACAGGAAAAGGAGAGUUGAGGAUGGAAACAUAAAGAUAGGGGACGAGGUUUAUGUUAAAAAUAUGAACAAAACAAAUAAGUUAGCACCAAAUUAUGAGCCAACCCCUCACACUGUGGUAUCUUGUAAAGGUGGAGAUGUAAACAUUGAAAAUAAGGAAACUGGACAAAGACUGAGAAGAAACAUGAUGCACUUAAAAAAGGUCGAAGGACAAUGGAAAAUAUUGGACGAGGAGACGAUAGAGACGAAUGAUGGCAAGUCAGAUAAUUAA